AUGAGUCAACAAGGUUAUGUGGCGACACCCCCCUAUUCUCAGUCCCAGUCUGGGAUGGGCCUUCCUCCACCACAUUACGGGCACUACGGGGAUCCGUCUCACGCAGGCCCCGCACCAGGUGUGAUGAAGCCGGCAGGGCCUUUGGGGGCUGCUGCACCCGGGGGGAUGUUGCCGCAGGGCCCUCCACCUCCUGGACCCCACCAGUUUGGCCAGAACGGAGCUCACGCCCAGGGUCAUCCUCCCCAAAGAUUUCCAGGUCCUCCACCUGUCAACAACGUGGCACCCUCCUAUUCACCAUAUGCGUCCGCUGCACAGUCAGCUUACCCCAGCCCUGCAUCCACUUCAUCCAUCGCCCAGCUGGGCGGUCAGCUCAACGCCAUGCAGAUCAGCACCGGCGGUUCGGGCAUGGCGCCCCCCGGCCAAGGGCCCCCCGGCCCUCUGUCGGCGCCCUCGUUCCCGGGUCCUCCACGACCUCCGCAGCCGGCCAUUUUGCAGCCUGGAUCUCAGGUUCUCCCGCCUCCACCCACGGCACUAAACGGCCCUGGCGCACCACCCUUGCCUCCGCCAGCGCACAGGCAGGACGGGUUCCCUGGGCCUGCUCCUCCGAAUGCCCAGUUCCAGCCCCCGCCGCUUCCAGGACAGAGCCUGGGCACUGGCUACGCUCCACAGCCAGCAGCCAACUAUGGUGCCCAGAUGCCAGGCGCGCAGCUCUCGUACCCAGGAGGCUUUCCCGGAGGCCCUGCACAGAUGGCGGGCCCACCUCCGCCCCAGAAGAAGCUGGACCCCGACUCGAUCCCCAGCCCAAUCCAAGUGAUUGAGAAUGACAGAGCCACCAGAGGGGGACAAGUUUAUGUCACCAGCACCAGAGGCCAGGUCCCUCCCCUGGUUACUACAGACUGCGUGGUGCAAGACCAAGGCAACGCGAGCCCUCGGUACAUUCGCUGUACGACGUACUGUUUCCCGUGCACGUCAGACAUGGCCAAGCAGGCGCAGAUCCCACUGGCUGCUGUCAUCAUGCCCUUCGCCACGAUUCCUUCCAACGAGACGCCCCUGUACUUGGUGAAUCACGGAGAGACUGGGCCCGUCAGGUGCAACAGGUGCAAGGCUUACAUGUGCCCGUUCAUGCAGUUCAUGGAGGGCGGACGGCGCUACCAGUGCGGGUUCUGCAGCUGUGUCAACGACGUCCCACCGUUCUAUUUCCAACAUCUGGACCACGUUGGAAGGAGAUUGGACCACUAUGAGAAGCCGGAGCUGUCUCUGGGAUCUUACGAGUAUGUUGCGACUUUGGAUUACUGCAGAAAGAACAAGCCUCCCAACCCUCCCGCCUUCAUCUUCAUGAUCGAUGUUUCGUACAGUAACAUCAAGAACGGUCUCGUGAAGCUUAUAUGUGAGGAGCUGAAGACUGUGCUGGAGAAACUGCCCAAGGAAGAGCAACAGGAGAGUUCUGCGAUUCGAGUCGGUUUCAUCACAUAUAACAAAGUUCUCCAUUUCUUUAAUGUCAAGAGUAAUUUGGCCCAACCCCAGAUGAUGGUGGUGACGGAUGUUGGCGAGGUCUUCGUUCCUUUGUUGGAUGGUUUCCUUGUCAACUACCAAGAAUCCCAGUCUGUGAUUCACAAUUUAUUGGACCAGAUUCCAGAGAUGUUUGCAGACUCUAAUGAAAACGAGACUGUGUUUGCUCCCGUUGUCCAGGCUGGCAUGGAAGCACUGAAGGCAGCAGACUGUCCUGGGAAGCUGUUCAUCUUCCACUCCUCCUUACCCACUGCGGAGGCCCCCGGGAAGCUCAAAAACAGAGAUGACAAGAAGCUGCUUAACACAGACAAAGAGAAGAUACUUUUCCAGCCCCAAAGCAGCGUGUAUGACUCGCUGGCCAAGGAGUGUGUGGCCCAUGGCUGCUGUGUGACACUCUUCCUCUUUCCCAGCCAGUACGUGGACGUGGCCUCCUUGGGCCUCGUGCCUCAGCUCACGGGAGGAACCCUGUACAAAUACAACAACUUCCAGAUACACUUGGAUAGCCGACAAUUUUUGAAUGACCUCAGGAAUGAUAUUGAAAAGCAAAUAGGAUUUGAUGCUAUAAUGAGGGUCCGUACCAGCACAGGUUUCAGAGCCACUGAUUUCUUCGGUGGGAUCUUUAUGAACAACACCACUGACGUGGAGAUGGCUGCCAUCGACUGUGAGAAGGCCGUGACUGUGGAGUUCAAGCACGAUGACAAACUUGGUGAAGACAGCGGAGCCCUAAUCCAGUGUGCUGUGCUCUACACCACCAUCAGCGGGCAGAGGAGACUGCGGAUUCACAACCUGGGCCUGAACUGCAGCUCCCAGCUGGCUGAUCUCUACAAGAGCUGCGAGACGGAUGCCCUUGUCAACUUCUUCGCCAAGUCAGCUUUCAAAGCAGUUCUGCACCAGCCCUUGAAGGUCAUCCGGGAAAUCCUGGUGAAUCAGACCGCCCAUAUGCUGGCGUGCUACCGAAAGAACUGCGCGAGUCCGUCUGCAGCCAGCCAGCUGAUCUUACCGGAUUCCAUGAAAGUGUUGCCGGUGUACGUGAACUGCCUGCUGAAAAACUGUGUGCUGCUCAGCAGACCAGAGGUCUCCAUAGAUGAGCGGGCGUACCAGAGGCAGCUGGUCAUGACCAUGGGGGUGGCCGACACCCAGCUCUUCUUCUACCCGCAGCUUCUGCCAAUACACACGGUGGACGUCAGCAGCACAGCACUGCCUGCCGCCGUCCGCUGCUCCGAGUCCCGUCUCUCCGAGGAAGGGCUCUUCCUCCUGGCUGACGGUCUGCACAUGUUCCUGUGGUUGGGAGCCAGCAGCCCCGCAGAACUAAUCCAAGGCAUAUUCAACGUGCCGUCCUUGGCGCACGUCAACACAGAGAUGACGUCACUGCCUGAGGUGGGAAACCCGUAUUCUCAAACACUCAGAACGAUAAUGAGUAUUAUCCAACAAAAGAGGCCGUACUCAAUGAAGCUGGUGAUAGUGAAGCAGCGAGAACAGCCAGAAAUGGUUUUCCGACAGUUCCUGGUGGAGGACAAGGGACUCCAUGGCGGGUCCUCUUACGUGGAUUUCCUGUGCUGUGUGCACAAGGAGAUCUGUCAGCUGCUGAACUAACGGAACCUCUGUUGUUGACGCUGCAUUUCUAUGGCGAUGUCCCCCUCUUGGUGCCUCAUUCUCCGGGUGAUAGCAGGCUAGUUGUGAUUUCUUGCUCAUUUUCAGAAUGCCUUUCCAAGAAGCAUUUAGAACUUCAGCUUUGGUGCUCAGGUAUGAAGCCAGUGAAGGUCCAGCUGUACCUUAAAGGGAACAAUCUGUUUCUGAUUGCACAAUUUUUAACUGUCAACACUGACACAGUUUAAAUUUCAUGAAAGGCACAGUUUACAGAACUAUAAACAUUCUCAAUUUUCUUUCUUUGUGGUACACAUAUAAAUUAUUUUUCAAAAUGUAUAGACUUGGGGUAAAAAGUUGUUUUGGUUCCUCUCCCAUUUGCAGUGAGGGAAAAAAACACUUAGUUUUUACAUUUUACUUAAUUUUUUCAAACCAUGUAACCCCACUGAACAUUUUCCAACUUGAGGUUUGCAUAGCAAACUUUUAAUAACCUUGGAAUCUAUUUGGUAGAACAAUUUGUAUUCUACAUUUUUUUCAUAAUUGUAUGUUGUGUAUGUUAAAAGUAUUUUCCAGUUGUGUUUUGUCUAUAAAACUGCCUUUAUCAAUACUCUUAAUGGUUUUCUGUACAAUUUUAAAGGUUUCUACCUGUAUAUAAUGGAUCUUAACCAGUAUCAAUAAAUCACUUCAUAUGCUCUUAGCAGGUAGGAUUCAUGUUUUAGGUACUUGGAGAUCACUUACUCAAGGCACACUUUUGAGAUUUCUCAAUGGCACCACCUUCACUUCUGGAAAUCUACCCUAAUGACAGUAGACAGGGAAUAAUUAGGAAUGGUAUGUUAAUUUAAUGUUCAGUCAGAUGGAAAUAUGUUUCUGUAUUAAUAAAGCAAAAGAGUAAAGAUCAAAA